CUCUCCCAAUAAUUCCCGCACGUGCUUCCCUUUCCCCUCCCCGCCGGAAAACCCUCCAUUUUCCCCAUUUCCCCCAUUUUCCGACUUCCUCAAAUCCUCAAAUCCCCAAUGUCCUAAACCUAAAACCAAUUUUCCUUACAUUCUUCAUCCUUCAAAGCUCAAACAAUCCGACCCCAUCUUCUUCUCUGUUCGUUGUUUUGAUGUUUUUUGUCGUGACGGCGAUUUGGGAUUGUUGAAAGGGUAUAGGGUAAUGUUCAGUGUUGGUUUGAUCUGAGGGGUGUUUUUUUUUUUUUUUUUUUGGGUUUAUUUUGUAUUGGGUUCUCUGUUUUUUAAGGGGAGAUGGGGGCGGUGACCUCGUCUAUGGCGGCGAAGUUUGCGUUCUUUCCACCGAAUCCGCCGUCGUAUAAGGUGGAAGAGAUGGAGGAGGGAACAGGGAAGCUGGUGAUGACGGAGGUAGCAGCGAGGGGAAAUGUUGAUGUUUUGAAGCUAAGUACCAAGAGAGGGAAUCAGGUCGUGGCUCUGUAUGUAAAGAAUGUAUCGGCUACUUUAACGUUGCUUUACUCUCAUGGGAACGCUGCUGAUUUGGGGCAGAUGUACGACUUGUUUGUGGAGCUUAGUGUUCAUCUUCGAGUCAACUUGAUGGGGUACGACUAUUCGGGAUAUGGCCAAUCUACUGGAAAGCCAAGCGAGCAGAAUACUUAUGCAGACAUUGAAGCUGUCUAUAGAUGCUUAGUGGAGAAAUAUGGGGCAAAGGAGGAAGAUGUUAUCUUAUAUGGGCAAUCAGUUGGCAGUGGACCGACUUUAGAUUUGGCUACUCGUUUACCGAACUUGAGGGCGAUAGUUCUUCACAGUCCAAUCUUGUCAGGUGUUCGAGUCAUGUAUCCAGUAAAGCGAACAUUCUGGUUCGACAUUUAUAAGAAUAUUGACAAAAUCCCAUUGGUCAAUUGUCCAGUUCUUGUAAUUCAUGGAACUGCUGAUGACGUUGUUGACUGGUCCCAUGGAAAGCAACUUUGGGAUCUUUGUAAAGAGAAGUACGAGCCCUUAUGGAUAAAAGGAGGAAACCAUUGUGACUUGGAGCUUUACCCGCAAUACAUAAGGCAUCUCAAGAAGUUCAUUUCUGCCAUUGAGAAAUCACAGCCUAGGAGUGGACCUGGACAACUCACGAAUCAGCUCAAUAUUCCCAGAAACAGUACCGACUUCAGAGAAAAAUCUAGAUCCAGCACAGAUCAAAGAGAGAAAACCAGAAUGAGUGUUGAUCAGAGAGAAAAGCCAAGGAUUAGCACAGACUGUAGGGAUAAAGUUAAAGUUGCAAAUGGUAAUGGGGACAGGUCAAGAAAGAUGUUAGAUCGACCGGAGAAGUUGGCAACUUGUGCAGACCAGCCAGAGAAACCGAGGAACAGUAUUGACCGGUCUGCCUACCGCUCUUCUCAUAUAGCUGAAACUCAUGCUGUCGUUAUGCUAUCCUCUCAUUUCUUUUCUCCAAAGUUCACUUCAUAGCAUACUGAUUAUCAUGUUUACAAUUCUUUUUUUUAUAUGCUUUCUGAUAAUUUUUUAGCAUUGCACUCUCUUGCAGGUUUGGGGACAUGGUGAGAUCGGUUGGAUUAUGCAAUAUUGAUUGUUUCAAACCUACAGCAACACAUGUAUAGCAGAGCGGGUUUACUUGUGUUGAGGCUUAAUUCUUCGUGAGUGUUAACUAUUUGUUGUUUGGUUUGGUUUACCAUGGAAAGUAAAGGUAGGAAAUUGAUUUAACCAGGGAGUAUUGUGCAUCUUAUAUAUCUCACAACUAAUAAAUCUAACCCUUCACCCCCUUCUAGUUUGAUUGUGUAUGAUGUGUUAACUUUGUUACAUUUCCACUCUUUAUAGAAAUGGAGUUCUUACUUCAGAAGCUUGUCAUUCAAAACUUUUAACACAAAUGUUGUAUUUUUUUUCUUUCCCUUCUGGGAAAAUGAACAAGUUUGGAAUGUUCUUACCCUUUAUUUGGGAAUGUAAGAUCUAAUUUGAACUUGUGUUGGAAA